AUGGCAAUUAAGUCAUUGGAAUCGUUCCUUUUCGAAAGAGGCCUGGUAGGAUCCUAUGCGAUUGAGGCGUUGAAUAAUUGUACCUUGGGUAUAGAUGUCAAUCAUUAUGUUUCCAGGUUGUUGACCAAUAAGAGAGAACAGUAUUUGGAUGCUAUUGGUGGUUUCCCUACCAGUUUGAAAAUGUAUUUAGAAAGCGAUUUGAAGAUAUUCAAAGAUUUUAACAUCACUCCUAUUUUCGUUUUCAAUGGAGGUUUGACUUACAACCAAUUAGAGGCAUCCGGCCACUUUACUGCAGCAUCUGCAUCCACAACCAUUUCUUCAGCUACUGCUUCUAGCAAUGGCUCCAAUGCUACAACAAGAUCGAACACUGAGUCCGUUUUGUUACAGAGAAACAGAGGUUGGACACAGUGGAAUAAUCUGAUUAGUUCGAACCAAAAUUCUUAUAUUGACCAGCCUAUUCAGCCCCAAGAACCUUUCAGACAUAACACCACAAUUGAAUCCAAGGCUUACCAAAAUGAUUUGAUCGCUUAUUUUAUUGAACAUGGUUACAUGUACCAAGUGGCUCCUUACUCUUCCUGGUUUCAAUUGGCAUAUCUGUUGAAUAGCGCUUAUAUUGAUGCUAUAUACGGCCCAACUGACUGUUUGAUGUUAGAUUCUGUUGAUAGGUUCAUCUUGGGCAUGGAAUUUCCUAAUAAAGAAUUUCGAUUCAUUGACAGGUCAAGAGUGAUGAAAGAUUUACGGUGCACCCACGAAGAGUUUAUUGAUAUUGCAAUGGCUGUAGGUAAUGAUUUGCAGCCAACAACCUUACCACCUUUGCAAAUUUACCCAGUUCCACAGUUAUUUGAUAUCGCUUUAGAAAUGGUUUUGAACACAGGCACAAACUUUUAUGCUUAUCAACUGUCCACACCUUUACAAAAUGAUUCGAAAGAGAAUGUUCAAAGCUACCAAAGGGGUAUAUCUGCGUUAAGAUAUAUGCCUGUCUUGAAGGAUUCAGGUAAAGUUGAGUUAUUUGUUCAAGAAAUCGUUGUUUCAGAGGAGGAGAAUGAAAAAAACAGUAAGGAUGAAAAGAAGAGUAAUCUUUCUUCACCAUCCUCUGCAUCAUCCAGUGCUUCUCCUGCUACUUCUGUGAUCAAGAAUAUCAACGAAAAGUCAGCCUAUGAAAAGUUCAGCUCCAAAGAGGUUAGGAAACCAAGGGAUAUUCCUAAUGAUGUUCAUGAUUUCAUCGGUCAAAUGUUACCUCAUGAAUAUUAUUUCUAUAGAUCGAUAGGGCUGGUUACUGGGAAAUUAUUUGAUGCAAUUGUCACAGGCGUUUAUCCUGAAGAACCUCCAUUGGGUGGAGGAUCCGCCACUUCCUAUAGGAAACUGGUUUGUAAGUCUGUUGAAAUAUUCAAGAAUAAAGAAAUUAAUUUAUUAACUCAACCAAUCAACAGAUAUUACCAAAUUAAACAAAUUAAACAGGUCAAGUGGUACGCGCCAAAUGAACCAAUUACUUUGAGCAAUAGGAUGUCACCUUCUAUGUUUGAGACAAUCAACCACUUACUUGUUAGAACAGAGGCUUCUCCUGAAAAAGAAUUUUCUAUUUUUGAAUUCAUUACAGCAAUAAAUGCCUCCAAUGAUAUGGCAAAAGAUUUUAUAUCUGAGAAGGUAAUUUUUCCAAACUCUGUACCAAUCCAAACCAAAUUAAGUUCACCUUUUGAUUUAUUGGCAACAAAUUUUUUAAGAUUACUGGUACUAUUGGAGUUUUUCACCUACGAUUUCAAGGAGAAAUUACUAAAACCCACUAAAUGGGGGAAAAUAUUUUUAAGAUUGAACGAGCUCGAUGUCGACGAUAAGUAUCAUGAAUCAGUGCUUAUCUUUUUGAUAUUUUUAAAAUGUGAAGUUUUAAAACUCGACGAGGAAGUUCAACCACCAGCUCCUUCGGCCUUAUCUCAAGCAACUCUUCGUUCAUAUCCUGAAGAAUCAUUGUACGUACUAUUGAUUACUCGUGUAUUAACUUUAUUCCAAGUUGAACAAAAACCGUCAAACUACCAUGGGCCUAUUGAUAAGAAGACGUUAAUUUUUAGAGACCAUCUUUCUUUCAUAAAGGAAAAUCUGAAUGAACUUUUUGAGGCCGUUUUAAUCUCAUCUUUAACCUCGGGUGAAUUUAAUAGAUUAUCAUUGGACAACUUUGGUUGGGCAAAGAAAAUUGUUAGACAUUUACCAUUUAAAUUGGAUUCUCCGAAUACUGUAAUGGCAAUGAUGUGGGAAUUCUUCCUACAAAAAUACCUGCACAAUGGUAAUGCCAAAAACGAUGCGUUGUCCUUAGUCGCAACUGAAUUCAAUACUUACAAAUCUACACCCAACCUUGAUGGACAGUUUGUUGAAUCCCAUAAGUUUCUACUCGAAAUUGCCAAAGUUAUGCAGGAAUUAAAUAAUGCAAAAUUAGUCGAAGAGAAUGAGUAUACGUUAUUCUCUAGAGCAGUUGAGUUUGCUACAACCGCUCUUUCCAGUUAA